AUGGUCUCGUACUCAGACGUACUGGCGAGCAACGAGUCGCUCGCCGCGGCCAGUGGAGGCAGCGGCCCCGUGGCCGUCGUGGUGGGCGGCACCAACGGCAUCGGGCUGACGACCGUGCAGGCGCUGCUGAAGCACACGGCCAAACCGACCAUCUACCUCGUGGGACGUAGCGCCGAUCAGCUGGCCAAGUUGAUCGACGAGACGCUGCAGCCGCUGAACAAGGCCGCCGAACUGAUCCCCAUUGUGGCCGGGGAUUUGACGCUGGUUCGGAAUGCGCAGCGAGCGGCCGACGAGAUUGUGCGGCGCAUCACCAGCAAGAGCACACCAGGGUCAGGGUCAGGGUCAAAUUCGGCGUCGGCGUCGUCCCCACACAUCGACCUCCUGAUCAUGACGCCCGGCUACCUCAACAUGUCGAGCCAGCCGGACUGGUCGCCCGAGGGCCUGGAGCGACUGAUGGCGAUCCGAUUCCACGCACGCAUGGCCAUCCUCAUGAAGCUACUACCGCUGCUGCGUCGCGCCCCCAGCCCGCGCGUCGUCACCCUGCUCGCAGGCGGACAGGAAGGCGAGCUGAAGCUCGACGACCUAGGCAUGACGGCCACGAAGCCCAAGACCUACGGCCCACUCUACGCCAUGGGCGCCGCAGCGAGCAUGACGUCGCUGUUCUUGGAGAAACUUGCCACGGCCGACCAAGAACAAAACUCCAACAUUGUCUUCAUCCACGCCUUUCCCGGCCUGACGCCCGACACGGGUCUGCAGAUCCACAAGUCAGUGCUCUUCAACUUCAUCUACAGUGUGGUCAAGGUCCUCGCCGGCUGGUUCGGCAAAACCCAUACCGCCCAAGAAGCUGGCGAGCGCACCCUGUUCGCCGCCACCAGUGGUCGCUUCCGCCGACUGCAGCCUCGCGAUGCCGAUGCCGCUGUCGGCACACUCCUCCAGCCCGGCAGUGAUGGCGGUCUAGCCAGCGGCGUGUUCUUGGUCGGCGAGGAUUCCGACGCCGUUCCGGAUGGCGGGAAUGCCGAAUUGAAGAAGUUGAGGGCCCGAGACGCUGCGUCUAGGGUGUAUGAUUAUACCUUGGCGGAAUUGGAGAGGAUCGAGAAGAGUUGA